AUGGAUGGCACAGAGGAUGAUGAUCUGUUUGAAAGUGACGACGAACCUGCAGUUGAUUCACCAGAUUCAAACUGGGAUCCUUAUGAUGAAACCGUGAAUGAUGAUUUGUUUCGAGAAUUCUUAACUCUGCAUUCUGCUUUAGAAGAUGAUCAAAAAUUGCGAAGUGCUAUGAAAGGAGUAAAAGGACCCAAUAAGUGGCUGAAUUUACCAUUCAGCAAGUUAGAUUCAACUACUAUUGCUACACGGAAGCAGUUCCUUGAAAAAUAUCUUCAGUCAGUAAUCCAGAGGCCAGAACUGAAUAUUUCAACUCCAGUGAAAGAAUUUUUGGCUUAUGGGCUGGACUCCUCUGUAUCUUUUGUGAAGAAACCUCUGGAAUUACAUGUUCCUCGUUUAGAUAAGCUUCUGGCCAAAACAGUGUCAGGUGUCUUCCAUAGCAUUAAGACAGCUCUUCCAAGCUUUGAAUCAUCAGAUAACCCUGUCAGCGGAGGCGAAGCAGUGUCACACAGUGUUUCAAGCGGUAGCAGUACUGGUGGAGACGUUGUGAGAAACAGGUCCAGUAGUGGUGUGCUGGGUGAAAGGAGUAAAUUAGCAGCCUUUCUCUCGAGUGGCAAUAAGGCAGAAUAUGAAUUAAAGCUUGAUAUUACUGCAGAGGAAGAGGAAUGUCAGAUUGAAGAGGCUCUAACUUUUGAGUUAUCAGGCAUUGGCAGUAAGAGUGAGUUGGUAGAUACCGCUUAUGAGGCACGAGAAAGUCGAAGCAUGUUCUUGCCCCAGUUGAGCAGUCUGCAGCAGUGCCACCAGUUUGAACAGGAACAGCAAGUCCAUCAACACUCCGUUGUGGUAGGAAGAGGAGAUGUAGGAAUGGGCAGUGGCUCCCAUUCUUCUUAUCCCUAUCCUGCUGCCUCCCCUUUCCAUCACCUACCCCCUCCUGGUCCCAGAUCACAAGGAGAUGGCUGUGACAUAAGCACUCUUUCACAGCAAGACAGUCAUGAGGAUAGUAUAACUGAAGGAGAAGAAGAUAUAUCAUGGAAAGAAUGGCCUUUGUCUGUGGGGUUGUUGGAAAUGAUUGUAGAAAUAUUUGGAUCUGCUGAUCAUCCGCUCACCCAUCAACCUUGUGUUACUCUUCUAACUCUCACAAUGGCCAGGAUCACGCAUAAGUGGUUACAGGUAAGGUUUAUUGUGAACGGAUACUUUUCUCUUUCGUUGGCUUGUAUAUUGUUGCAGAAGAGAACACACGUGUUGUAUUUUGAAUCACCCGUACUUGCUUCUUUAGCUGUCAUCAGUUACCUUAUUUUUAUUUUUGUAAAAUUUGAGAGUAAGGAAAAACUCCAAGCUUUUGCAGCAAAGUUUGAUAUUGACCUAACUAAAGAUAAGAAAGGUGUUGUGCACAGGCGUAAGCACAAGAAAGUGUGUCAAAGUAAGGACCUGAAGGAAGUGGUCUACAAGUGGUAUGUGCAAGAGAGGUCAGUGAACGUCAAUGUUUGUGGAGUGGAAAUUCUUGACACCGCUACUAAAUUAGCAGAAUAUCUGGAUAUUAAUUUCAGUGGCAGUACAGGUCGGCUGUGGAAAUUCCGCAGUCGACACGGUAUUCGCAAUAAAUAG